AUGGAAACUUUGUUUCAGCAGCUGACCCAUGGCAAUGCUCUAUUCCUCAUCCUUAUUUUGGGAUUAGGAGGAAGCUUUCAGGGUGGCUUCCAUAUCACUGGACUGAGUUCUCCUUCGCCGUACAUACAGCGCUUCAUCAACAGCAGCUGGUAUGACAGAUACGAUGAGCCUCCACAUCCGCAGACGGUCACAAUGAUCUGGUCUCUUAUUGUUUCCAUGUUUGCUGUCGGGGGACUCUUAGGUGCCGUCAGUGUCAAAUUUAUCUCGGGCUUGCUGGGAAGAAAAAAGGCGGUGAUCUGCAACAGCUUCAUUGCUGUUCUUGCAGCAGGAUUCAUGCUGGCAAGUAAAAAUGUCAACUCUUUCGAAAUGAUCAUUGUGGCGAGAUUUCUGCUUGGUUACUCAGCAGGCUUGGGAAUGAACACUCACUUAAUAUAUCUUGGGGAGAUUUCACCCAGAAAGACAAGAGGGAUAGUGACUCUGACCUCAGCCACGUUUACAUCACUCGGGAAAGUGUCUGGACAGAUGUUUGGGUUAAGCGAGAUCCUUGGCCGUGAGGACACGUGGAACAUUCUCCUUUGUGUCCCUGCACUUUUGUCCUUUGUUCAGAUUGUGAUGUUGCCUUUUUUUCCUGAGACGCCAAGAUAUUUACUCAUAGAGAAAGGUGAUGAUAAGGCAUGCAAAAAAGCUCUCCAGAGUCUGUGGGGCCAAGGUGACUACCAACAAGAAAUGGAUGAGAUGUUGACUGAGCAGGCAGCCAUUGAAGCAGCCCCGCCAGUGAGCCCUCUGCAGCUGCUGAGAGACAGGACUGUCCGAUGGCAGCUCAUCACCAUCUCCACCAUCUACUGUUGCAACCAGCUGUCGGGCAUGUCUACAAUUAGUACCUUUACUUAUGACAUCUUCCUGGAGGCAGGUAUACCAAAGAAGAAGAUCCGCUAUAUCACUCUCGGUCUUGGAGUGGCUGAAAUUCUCACCUCUCUCACCUGUGGUCUUCUCAUUGAGCUCACAGGGAGAAGACCAUUGCUGUUCGGCGGUUACGGUGUCAUGUCUGCUUGCUGGAUUUUUGUCACUGUCACACUCAACCUGAAGGAUUCCAGCUACUGGGUUCCAUACAUUACUGUGAGUUUGAUGGUCAUCUUCAUCAUGUUCUUUUGUGGAGGACCUGGUGGAGCCACACCAACGCUCAACAGUGAGCUCUUCAUUCAGUCUAAUCGAAUGGCAUCACUUGUCCUCACAGGGCUGCAGCGGUGGUUUAUGUUUGCAGUGAUGGGCCUGGUCUUUCCAUUCCUCAUUGAUGCUCUCAGCUCGUACUUAUUUUUGCUGUUUGCAUCUGCCUGCAUGCUGGGUAGUCUUUAUACCUUCUUCCUUUUGCCUGAGACUAAAGGCAAGACCCUGCUGGAGAUCUCAGAGGAGUUUAAAGUCAUCACUGUCUGUGGGAAAUCCUUUGCAGAGGAAACAAGAACAGAGACCAGGUUGUGA